AUGACUGAAGGCGAGAAGAAGAGCAUUGGCGGCGUUGAUACGUCGCCGGUUCUGGCUGAAGGGAAGGUCGUCUCAGACAAGCAGGCCGACGUGACGCUGAAGUUCCUCGAGCAACAUGACCAUGAAUUUGGGCUGAUAACUCCGGAGAAAGAGAAGAAGUUGAAGUGGAAGCUGUAUAUCUAUAUCCUGGCGAUUUUGAUUAUUACUGACUUGAUGCUGUUCGUCGACAAAGCAACACUCAGCUAUGGUUCACUUCUCGGGAUCUUUGAGUCCACCCACAUCAACAAUACCCAGUUUAAUAACUUGAACACUCUCUUCUAUACCGGAUAUAUUGUGGCACAGGGUCCCGGUCAUUAUCUCAUGCAGCGGCUGCCACUUGGUCCAUAUGUUGGUGUGUCUGUUUUUCUCUGGGCGGUCAUCGUCUUUCUCCACUGUGUGGCUAGUAACUAUGGCGGUCUGAUCGUACUCCGACUUCUUCUGGGGGCGAUCGAAGCAAGUCUCGUCCCUGCAAUGGAGAUUACUCUAGGCAUGUUUUUCCCUCCAGACGAGCGGGCUCUUCUCCAGCCCUUGUUCUGGACAUCCUGUUUGGGGGCUCCGGUCCCAGCGGGCUUCAUCGCCAAUCCUUCCAAGGCCCGGUUUCUGACCACAGAGGAGAAAGUAUACACCAUCCGACGAGUUCACGAAUCGACGAAAAGCUCCAUCGAACAGAAGGUGUUCAAGCCUCACCAGUUCUGGGAGACGGUCCGGGAUCCCGUCUCUUGGCUAUUCGGCCUUCAGGCGUUCACUCUGAUGAUGGCAAACAACCUGAACCUGCAGCAGAAUCUCAUUUUCGUUCAGAUGGGAGUAUCGAAUCUCGGCUCUACCUUGGUAAGUGCAGCGAGCGGUGGGUUUUCCGUUGCCUGCAGUAUUGUCGCAGCUGGGCUGCUACGCCUCUUCCCAAACAACGCUGCAUAUUGGGGAGUUUUCUGGUGCAUACCAGCCCUGGCGGGUGGGAUUGCCACGGUCACGGUACCGUGGCAUAACAGGAUCGGACUGCUUGCCUCUAUCAUCAUUGCCGGAAACACAUUCGGUAUUACCUACAUCUGUGCCUUGGGAUGGACCACCUCCAGCACUUCCGGUCACACAAAGAAGUUGACACGCAACGUUAUUUUCAUGGCUGGCUAUGGCAUUGCCAAUAUCAUCGCUCCUCAGAUUUGGGUCGCGAAGGACGCACCUCGCUAUUACCCGGCAUGGAUCGUACAAAUCGUUAUCAGUUGGGUAGGGACACCGGUUAUUCUUUUGAUUAUUCGAUUCAUCCUGUCCCGUCGCAACAAGGAACGCCGUCAGUGGAUUGCCGAGCAGGCUGCCCAGGGCAAGUAUGGAGUGGGCUAUGUGGAGGAGACGACCGAAGAUGGCCAGGUGGUCAAGGUAGAGGUGGAUAUCUCCCUGCUCGACAUGACGGACUUGGAGAAUAAGUACUUCAUCUAUCCGUUGUGA